AUGGCCAACAAGAAAGCACGUGUGCGGAAGGCACAUGGCGGGAUACGCUUGAGUUCUUUGUCAUCGGAGAAGGAGGUGACGUGGCGACCUCAUUCAGUAGCUGAGCUCUCUACAGUAUUUGUCUACAAAGAGAUACCGGACGAAGUGCUGGUUGGCACGGAAUUAGACUUGUCGAUUUGGUCUGUGGUAGCGUCCGAUGCGUGUUUGGCGAAGAUGUUGCGCAGCUCUGGCAGUUCGAGUCGUCCCUGGUUGUCGAACCAGUUAGCGGACUUGCUCCCAUCAGCUGCAAGUGCUUUGGCUCUUAAUAACGCGCCCACGACUCCAGUGAAGCAGCAGAGCAUUGUUCGAAUAAACCUCUCUGGAGCAGAUCAAAUUACUGACAAAACCGCUCAUAUCAUUGCCAAGGCGUGUCCAGAACUUCAACAUCUCAACUUGGAGCGAGCACUUAAGCUGACAGAUUCGGGUGUUCGCCACAUCGUGAGCUGCUGUCGAAGUCUUGAGUCUCUCAAUCUCAGCUACGUCACAGCGUUACAAAGUCCUGCUCUUAGCUGCAUCGGAGAGUUACGACUCCCACUACGGUCGCUUGCCAUUGCUGGCUGUAAUCGAGUUCCAGACUAUUCACUUUCACGAGUCCUGCAAGCCUGCUCCACGCUUGAGCUCUUGGAUCUCUCAUUCUGUGCCAGUGUGACUGACAAUAUUCUGCAAACAUUGGGCAAAAAUUGUCGGAAACUACGACAAUUGAAACUUCGAGGCUGUCGUCAAAUUUCCGAUACCGGCGUGGUGGCGCUAGCUAACUCUGGAGGCUGCUACAGACUCUGA